AUGGUUUCCUCACGUACUGUCAAGGAGCUUGGAGUGUUUACCGGUUUGAUUGUAGCUGCACACUAUGCUUAUUGGAAAAUUCAAAUGAACCCCUCUCUAGUCGCUCCUGAGCAAAGAUCGGAACUUUUUUACAUAAGGUGGCUCAAGGACAAGUAUCCAUCGCUCCGCAAAUAUGGUGUACAGGAUUAUAAGCCCGAAGAGCCUUCAGUUGCCAAGGAAAAGUGA